UGUCACCAUCAGCUGUCAAGAAAAUUUAACACUUGUAGCAAUGACAACAUUUCUCGUAAUAUUUAAGUAAAAUAGUAAAGUUUAAUUUAGAUAACUUUAAAAAACUGCAUCAAAAUGAACGUUAUCGAAGCUGCAAAGGCGUAUGUAAAUAAAAUGAUAGAAGAAAGUGAGCCAGGAAUGAAGUUGCUGCUCGUGGAUAAAGAGACUAUAAGCAUCAUAAGUAUGGUCUAUGGUCAGUCAGAUAUACAGCAAAAGGAGGUAUUUCUAGUUGAGAGAUUGGAUGCGAACAAGCCAACCCAAGGACCUAGCCUCAGAUACCUAAAGUGUUUAGUUUUCAUUCGUCCUACUCAGCAGAAUAUUGAACUGCUCUGUAAUGAAUUACAGAACCCAAAGUAUGGAGCUUAUUACAUAUAUUUUACCAACAUCUUGGCCAAAGCUGAUGUUAAAAUCUUGGCUGAACAUGAUGAGCAAGAAGUUGUUAAAGAAGUGCAAGAAUAUUACAUAGAUUUCUUAGCUGUCAACCCACAUCUGUUCUCACUUGGAAUACCAUACUCCAUGACUAAUUCCAUCUGGUAUGCUCCAGCUUUGCAGAGGUCUGUACAAGGAUUAUUAUCAAUUCUGUUGUCUUUGAAAAUGUGCCCAUUGAUUCGUUAUCAAGGCAACUCAAAGCUUUGCAAGGAUCUAAGCUUCAGAAUAAAAGAAGUCAUUGAUAAGGAAACCACCCUAUUCUCAUUUGGCCAAAACGGAAACGCCCUGCUUCUGAUACUGGAUAGGAGGGAUGAUCCCAUCACACCUUUGCUUAACCAAUGGACAUAUCAAGCAAUGGUUCAUGAGCUUUUAACUAUUAACAACAAUCGCGUGAAUUUAUCACAAGUCCCUGGGAUCUCUAAAGAGCUGUCAGAGGUCGUUCUAUCAGCUGAACAGGACGCUUUCUAUGCCGAAAAUUUAUUUAUGAAUUACGGAGAGAUUGGCCAGAAUAUUAAAGAUUUGAUGGAACAAUUUCAGAUCAAAGCCAAGGGACAUCAAAAGAUCGAGAGCAUUGCCGAUAUGAAGAACUUUGUGGAAACAUAUCCGCAAUUCAAGAAACUGUCUGGUAACGUUUCCAAACAUAUCACAGUCGUAGGAGAACUGGCUGCAAAUGUGACAAAGUAUUCUUUGCUUGAAGUAUCUGAAAUUGAACAAGAAGUUGUUUCACAGAAUGACCAUUCUGGACAUUUACAGAAUAUUAAAAAGAUGAUAAAUAAUAUGUCUAACAUAAGAGAUGCAGAUAUUGCCAAACUAGUCAUGCUAUAUGCCCUAAGAUACCAUAACCAAAGUAACAGUGAGACAAACCGAUUGGUUGCAAUGCUGAAACAAAAAAGUGUCUCUGAAUAUUACAUAAAAGACAUCUACAACAUUCUUGAAUAUGCAGGUACACAUUCCAGGCAGAGUGAAUUACUCAAUGUUGAGAAUGCAGUUAAAAUAACAAAGAGAUUCUUCAAGGGCUUGAAUGGUGUGGAAAAUAUCUACACACAGCACAAACCAUUGCUUCAUGAAACAUUAGAUGCUCUCUUCAAAGGACGUUUGAAGGAAAAUCUUUAUCCAUAUACCAACCAGUACCAAACCAAUGGACGUCCACAGAAAGUGAUUGUAUUUGUAGUUGGUGGAGUCACCUAUGAGGAAUCCCUUACAGUCCACACAUUCAACAAAAACUUCCCAGGCAUUCAGAUUAUUCUUGGUGGAACUACUGUCCACAACUCCAAAAGCUUUUUGGAGGAAGUGGAGAGGUCCAUCAGGAACAAACAUUCCUAAAUUAUUAAUUAAACAUUUUAUUUAUGUGUGAUGUAAAUAAAAAAUAAGAGUAUAUGU